UCUUGCUUCUCCCUCCAGGCUUAAGGAAUGGCUUGCUUAGAAAUAUAUAUUUCCUCUCGCCCGCUUUGCUGGGGAUUUUUUUGUAAGGAGGGGAAAGUGACUUGGAAAAACACCCCCCACGUCUGCUCAUUGAUCCCCUUCCGUGGAAUUUGGAAACUUUCCUUUUAUUCCCUCGUUUCCCAACCCCUUGAACUUCCGUCUGAAUCUUUUAUUGAUUUAUGUAACGAGUUCUUUUCCUGCUUAGGUGCAAGUCCCACAGAGUUCAGGUAUGGCUGUGAAACACCCUGUAAAAAACGUGAUGACUAUUUGGAGUGGCCUGAAUAUUUCAUGGCUGUAGCUUUCUUAUCGGCACAAAGAAGCAAAGAUCCAAAUUCUCAGGUUGGUGCAUGUAUUGUGAAUUCAGAAAACAAGAUUGUUGGGAUUGGAUACAACGGCAUGCCUAAUGGAUGCAGUGAUGACUUGCUACCUUGGACCAGAAUAGCAGAUAGUAAACUUGACACAAAAUAUCCAUAUGUGUGUCACGCUGAACUGAACGCCAUAAUGAACAAGAACUCGGCUGAUGUGAAAGGCUGCAGCAUGUAUGUUGCCUUGUUUCCGUGUAAUGAAUGUGCAAAGCUCAUCAUCCAGGCAGGUAUAAAAGAAGUUAUUUUUAUGUCUGACAAAUAUCACGAUACUUUGGAGAUGACAGCUGCACGGCGCUUGUUUGAUUUAGCUGGAAUUAUAUACAGUGAAAUUACUGAAGCAAACUUUGGAAGUUUUCUAUGAAAAAAUUGGCAUGGAAAAAAUAUCAAAUGUUACAGAAAGAGUGGUUACAUGAUGCCACCUCCUGCAGCUAGGUUGUUAGAAAUCCUUUGACUCCUGGCUAAUUUAUGAACUCCAAUAGCUGAAGAACAUACAAACUAGGCAACCCCAUGUGUCUUUUUGUCUUAGACUUUCUUGUCCGGGUUUCUCUCAGUAUGGUGCACUAUAAUUGGCUCCUAUAGAGAUGAAACACAGAGUGAAUCCAAUGAUAUUUCUGCCUUCUUAAAAUUUAGUUGGGAGGCAAAGCAAACAAAAUGUUUAACUACUUCACUAGCUAAUAUCCAUCUCUUUUCCCCUCUCCAUUUUUCCCCAGGAAAUUCAAACCUAAGUGCAGUAAGAUAGUCAUUGAUUUUGAUUCAAUUAACAGCAGACCAUGUCAAAAGCCUCUGUGAGUUACAUCACAUCUAAUUAAAGCUCUAGAAGAUUGUGAUUAUCCUUUUCUUAGAAGCUGCUAAUGCCUUUCAUCUUGAAGUUUGGCACAACUUUUUAAUAGCCCACUACAGUUGUAAGUAGACAUCUAAGGAAUAUGUCAGGCCCAGAAAAUUUUUGUCCUCCUUGCCAUAUGUUUUAAGCUUUGACUUCCUGGAGUUUUCUAAAUCUUUUCUAAAUGGAACCUAUAGGUGAGGUCUGGACUUGUGUAUGAACAAUAGGAAAGGUGUGUUCACUGUGCAAACAUCUGAUCUGAAUGAAGAGGACCUAAGUCACAAGCAAUAACCUAUGAAUAUUGGCUCGAUCAAGAAAACUGGUGGAUAGCUUGUAUGGUGACAUGUAACUGUAGGGAUGCAUCUACCAGCCUAGCAGGUCUCCAUAUAGCACAAACUAUUGAAAAUGUCAUUUUUCAAGCAAUAUGGCUAGAUGUCUCUAUAACAGUCAAAAUAUUGUGUUAUGUGAAAUCCAUACUGGUACAUUACACCUUGAUAUUUUACCAGAUGUUCAUCUAUUUAAUUGCUUCUCCUGUUGCAGUGUAGCGUGUGAGCAUGUGCUCAAUUAUGUUUGAAGAAUGUUUUGUAUUGGAUGUAGUUUCAGAGUAGCUUUAAUUCCUUUCCCCCCAAGAUACCUUCCAUUUAGCAGAGGAUAAGUGCAUAAAUCAUUAGGCUUUCACCUAUGGGACUCUAUUUGGAACUGAUUUUAAUGUCUAAAAGGAGACACAUUUAUUGGUCUAAAUCUCUACUAGACAAUCCAGCACAUUACAAUUCUGGGAUCAGCCUCUAAGGUAACUUAAUCACUGCUUUCCCUCUAAGGGAAAUGAGGCGAUUCAGUCCGCACUGAGGUUGAACAUGCCAAAUGUCAUAAUUAUGGUUUUAGCUUGCUUUUAGUUGUUAAAAACUGGCCCUGUGCCAUAGGUUCUGGAAACACAGGCUAAAACUAUCAAGGGCUUUCAAUAUCUCCCCUUCUAUUUGAUUUUUUUGGGGGGGGGGUGCCUAAAUGUGCAUGUUUAGAAAAUGUUUCCAACCCCAAAGGUAUUCAUGUUUUUUUAAGAAUAUUGUGAUGUUUUCCUGGACUCUUACUUUCUAUGUUGAAAUCAUUCUGCAGAUUAAGACAUUGUGUAAUUUGGCUUGCCACCAGGAUUAUUAAAGUCUUAUUAAAAUCCUACUUUGUUGAAGUAGACUCAUUAUUAUUAUAUUACACUAUAUGUUUGGCUCUAGAGAGCUGCUGUUUCUGCAAUCAUAUGCAAAGUGUAUUUUGUAUAUUUGUUGUAUCAUUACAGAAAUUGUAAUGAUCAAAAAUUACUUUCCUGCUGAAGAAGUCAUGCUGUAGUAGUGGUUACAUGUGAACCUUUAAGUAUAUUUUUUUAAUAUUCAGCCAAUUGAAAAAUACGCUCCAGCUUCCCCUAAUUUCCAUCUGAAAUCUGGUUUAAUUGUUUUAGGAAUAUUUUCUUAAUUUGUGGGUCAGCCUAACCAUUUAUGCAGAUGAAUAUUGUUUUUGGGAAAUGACAUUUUAUUUAAUUUUAUUUAUUUAAAGGAAAACCCCUAAAACACAGAAAAAGCCUCUGGUAGUGUAUUAACAUGAAACAUGUGGAUUGAAGUGCACAUAUUUUUCUUGUCCACACAGUGUCCUAAUCCAAAGGCCAUCUGAAACAUUUUCCAAUUUAAUACUCCUCCCUCCCCCACCCCCAAAUCUCUGGGUAAUCUGGUAUGAAACAUAUUACAUUAACGCUGCACAAGUGUGGAUGCUCUGCAGUGCGAUCUGACUUGCUUUGUGGUUGGUUAUUUGCCUAUGUGGUGAUGUUCUUAGUGGGUUUCACAACACCCUUGUUCUUAAUGCAGUAUAUCUAAAGGAUGAGCAGAAUUGUACUGCCUAGAUAUGUAUAGAGACAUUUUCCUGUUGCAGUUAGUAGGGGAGUGCUUUGAAAUGGUUGCAUUUAAAAGGAAAUACUCCAAACAGGGUAAAGUCAUUCUAUAAGGAAUUCCUUGAUAACUGAGGUAUAAU